AGGAGAGACAGAGAAGGCAUACAAGCCUAUGAGACUAGAGAGAGAGGGAGAGAGAAGGAGAGAGAGCAAGAGAGCGAGAGAGCGAAAGAGAGGCAGAGGAAGUGAAAUCCAAAACUCUACCGGAGAUUCAUCCAUCACAGCAUCCAUCCACACAGGCCGGCUUUACUCUCUCUUGAACCCCAGGAUUAUAACAUCAAAGUCGGACAUGGACAACGCUAAAGCCCCCUCCAACACAAUGGUACUGGCAUUUAAAGAAGACACUGCACUGACAGAGAUGAUGCGUCUCCGUGUGUCGUCUCUGCAGCGCUCAGGGCAGAAACGUCAGGAAGGUGAGCGUCUGCUUCUCCCCCAUGAGGCCGUGUAUCGGCUGGACUUCCCCACCCAGGAGCUCAACUUCUCCCGCUGGUACUUCUCCCUCACUGCCCACGGUCGAGCCACCAUCACCGGUAUUUCCCAACACUGGACCCCUGACCUCACCAACCUGAUGACCCGUCAGCUACUAGAACCGAUCGGAACAUUUUGGCGAAACGCCAACGACCCGGAGGAUUCGCCGCUCAAAUGGCUGGAGGCGGACAUGCAGGAGUUCGGCGAAAGGAUUGCUGAGCUGGCCAAGGUCAGGAAGGUCAUGUACUUCCUGUUUGCUUUCAAGGAUGGGGCAGUGGCCGCCAAUCUAAACUGCUCGGUGGAGUUCACACCAGACAAAUGACUCUCCACUUUUUGUCUGUACAAUUUUGUUAUUACUGGAGAAGCAUUGCAAUAUUUUGUUCAAAAAAACAUUCCCCCCUAGAGCUAGCACAAGUUACUUAAUUUGCUACAGGCCAAUCUAACAUUUUAGUACAAAGAGCAAACUUUUAACUUCACCUCAACAGCCAAGUCAAAGCUUUAAGCACUUAACAAGCUUUAAAUAAAGUAUUUUUUCUUCAGAAAACAAUUAACACAUAUUUAGUAAAAAAGACAAGAAAUAAAACGUAUGAAUGCAAUUUAAUUGCUUGGUCCAAAUCCUCUUGUAUGUUUCCUGGUGUUGAUUAAAAGAUCAAUGUAUCAUCAAAAUAAAUCAUAAACUUAAGAAAUAACCGAUAACUUAGAACCUUUGAAUACAAAGGUUCUAAGGAUACAAACUAAUUAUCCUCCUGUAAAUAAAACCCCCUUUACUUUACUUUACUUUACAGCUGAAUAUUUAAAAUAUGUGACAAUAUGUGUUUGAGUUGUUACUGACUUUGGUGUUGUAGUUUCUUUCUGAAGUCUU